UGCCCCAUCAUUAGUGCGUCAGUGGGAGGAAUAGUGCCCCAUCAUUGGUGUCAGUGGAGGAAUAGUGCCCCAUCAUUGGUGUCAGUGGGAGGAAUAGUGCCGCAUCAUUGGUGUCAGUGGGAGGAUAGUGCCCCAUCAUUGGUGUCAGUGGGAGGAAUAGUGCCCCAUCAUUGGUGUCAGUGGGAGGAAUAUUGCCCCAUCAUUGGUGUCAGUGGGAGGAAUAGUGCCCCAUCAUUGGUGUCAGUGGGAGGAAUAGUGCCCCAUCAUUGGUGUCAGUGGGAGGAAUAGUUCCCCAUCAUUGGUGUCAGUGGGAGGAAUAGUGUCCCAUCAUUGGUGUCAGUGAAGGAAUAGUGCCCCAUCGUUGGUGUCAGUGUGAGGAAUAGUGCCCCAUCAUUGGUGUCAGUGGGAGGAAUAG